UUCCAUAUACUUAAUUCUCUCCUUCCCUUCCCAUCUCCCCAUUCAUUUUUAAUAUUUGUACUGCGGUGCAUGCGUUUUUUCCUUCAAUUAAUAACAGUAAUAAAUUUAUUGACAAUUGCUGAUGAAGGUUUCCUGACAGGGCCGGAGGUUUUUAACGAUUUAAAAGAAAAUUGUUCUUUGUUGAAUGUAUCUGUUGCUAUUAUUGGCGCUGGAUUUUCUGGUCUAUCAGCCUUUAAUCAUCUAUCUUCAAUUGGUUUACACAAUGUCCAAAUAUUUGAAGCUUCAAAUAGAGUUGGUGGAAGAGUUUAUCCUUUGGAAUUUGAAGGAAUAUUUCUUCAACAAGGCGCUGAAUUUAUCAAUGGAGAAGAUAAUGCAAUUUAUAAAGCUGCCAGACGACUUGGGUUAAUUACAGGAGAAGUGGACGAUUCUGCUCUAAUUUCUGAAGAUGCACAAUUUGUUUCUUCUCCAACUUGUCAAAUUUCUCAAGACAAAUUAGACAAAUUUGCAGAGUUUAGCUCUUUUCUUGAAUUGAAAUAUGCUGAAAUGGCUAUGGAUAAUCGAGAGAUUUGGAGCAAAACAGUCGCUCAAGUUUUUGAUAGGGAUUAUGAAGAAUUUUUGAAGAAGAUGAACGCCUCAAAAGAAGAUAGACUUCAAUAUAACAGUCUAGCCAAAAUUUACCGUGGAUAUUAUGAAGGAGAAUGGUCUGCCCCUAUAGACAAAUUGGCCCUUCACAACUAUGUUAAAUGGAAAGAUGGAAGUAAAUCUUUCCCUUUCAGUUCAUUUACCUUAAAUUCACGUGGUUAUGCCCCUAUUUUGGCUGAAAUGGCUGAGAACGUGCCAGUCAAUAAAUUAAAUUUAAAUUCACGUGUUGUACAGAUUGAUUAUAGAGGUGAAGAGGGGAAAGGGAAUAAUUAAUUUUAUUUAAAGUGUAUCCAUAAGAUCAACUUUCAGAAUAUCAAGAGUUAGUGUUUGUUCUGGUUUUGGAAUAAAACCAGAAUGUAGGGGAACAAAAUCAGAAUUAAAAAUCAGAAUAUUUUUCAGAAUUAAAUUAGACAGGGAAUCAGAAUUAAAAUCAGAAUUAGGAAUAAAAUCAGAAUUUUAAAACCAGAAUUUAAAUCAGAAUAUCUAACAAAAUUAAAAUCAGAAAAUAAGACAGAAAAAUCAGAAUUAAAUUAUAACAAAAUCAGAACACAAUUAAAACAGAAUUUUAAGAUCAGAAUUAAAAAUCAGAAUAUUAUCAGAAUUAAAUUAAAACAUAAUCAGAACCUAGA